AUGUAUGAUUAUUCCGACGUUAUGGUGGACGAGCCUCUGAGGCCGUCUCCCGUGUGCCAGAUCUUGUACACGGACGAAUUCAAGGAACUGAUCUCUAUUGCCAAAGGUUUGAUGCAGAAAGACGAACAUUCUGAGCGGGCAUUGGCAUUGACAGAAAGAGUGAUCAAAAAGGUCGCAGCCCAUUAUACCAUCUGGAGCUACCGGUUCAACAUCGUGCAGGACCUAGAAGGGUUUGAUCUUCAGAAAGAGCUGGACUGGUGUGCACAGAUCGCCCUCAACAACCCGAAAAACUACCAGAUCUGGCACUACCGGUCGCUCAUCAUCGAAUUGAUUCUCAAAAGAAAGGGAACGAUCCCUUUGGAAAACGAGUACUCCAUCUUGAAACAAAUGUUGGACCAGGACUCAAAGAACUACCACGUGUGGUCGUACCGUCGCUGGCUCGUGGAGAAGUUUGAUUUGUUCCGAACGGACUCGGAACUGUCCUACACCGAGGAAAUGCUGGCCGCAGACGUGAGAAACAACUCGGCCUGGAACCACCGUUUUUACGUCUUGCUUGGCAACAAGAAGGGUUUACCCGAUAAUUUGCUCAAUAAGGAGCUGGAGUUUGUUCAGGACAAAAUCCGAUUGGCCCCUACAAACCCCUCGUCUUGGAAUUACAUCAAAGGCAUCUAUUUUAAGCUGGGAAUGGACAUCUCGAACCUCGAGCCCUUGGCAACCACAUACACCGACCUCAAGGCUAUCUACUCGCUGUUUGCAUUUGAACUCCUGGCAGAGAUCUCUGUCAAACAGCACAAAUCGGAAAAAGCAGUCGAAUUAUACACUUUGCUGCAAGAUAUGGAUGGUAUCAGAAAAAGAUACUGGCAGUGGAAGAUUGACCAAUUGGCCUAG